AUGGUCAAGCUCACAACCUUGCACGCAGCAGCAGCGCUGGCCUUGGCCGGCUCGGCCGUCGCUCGCCACUCUUCACCCAGACUGCACAACCGUCAGAGUUCCGGAUCGAUCAUGGAGUCUGACUACUCGAACGGAGCCACCCCUCCUGGAGCACGACCCGGCGACGCUGCUGGUCAGACGGUCGUCAUCGACAACGACGGCGGCCACGACGACAACUCGCAGCGCAAUGGCUGCCCCACCAUCUUCAUCGGCUCUGCUGCUGUCGGCGGCUCUUUCUCCACCGGCUGGACCGACAUGCCUCAAGUGCUUGGCUUCGACACCAUGCGUGACUUGACCGUUGGCAACAACGUCGUGCAGCCCUACAUCAUCGAGACGGGCAAGGACGCUUCUAAGAUCAAGCGCGUUGUCAUCACCCAGCCCGGUCUGCCCCGUGACUACUGGAAGUACGCCAACCUGGUGCGCAACUCGCUGCUUUGUGCCUCGGUCAACUCGACCAUGGGCGUCAACACGGACGAGAUCCUCAUCGCCGCUCCGACCUGGUUCAGCACCAACGACGCUUCGGCGGGCUCGGCUCAGUCGAACGAUCUCGUUUUCAACGGCGGCAACUGGGCCACGGGUGUCAACUCGGCCGGCCCCAACGGCGAGGCCAUCUCCUCCUUCGAGGCGCUGGACGACCUCGUCAACAAGUUCUUUGACAAGUCCACCUACCCCAACGUGCAGCAGGUCGUCAUCGCCGGUCACUCGCUCGGUGGAUCCUUCACCCAGCACUACGCCAUGCUUCGCAAGGCCAACUCAGCGCAGGACGGUAUGAUGAGCUACUUCAUCGGCAACCCUGGCGCGUACGUUUGGCCCACCUCGGAUCGACCCAUCCCGAACCCUGGAGGCAAUUGCGCCAGCACUGCCGACGAGUGGGGCUACGGCCUGCAGGACCUGCCUCCCUACGGCAACGGCCAGGGCAGCGCCAGCAGCAUCGCAUCGCGCUACUACGGUAGGAACAUCAUGUACGCCCUUGGUCUCAGCGACAACGAGGCCGGUGACAGCCAUUGCGAGGCCCAGUACCAAGGCACCUCGCAUCUCACCCGUGGUCAGAACUUCCAGAAAGAGCUGCAGUCGGCCAACAACGGAAACGUGCCAUCGAGCCAGCAGUUCAACUACGUGCCCAAUGUGGCGCACGAGGACUACCUCAUCUUUAGCGAUCCCAACAGCCAGCAUUUCCUGUUUGCGCAGGGCUCUUCUUCCGGGUCGUCUUCGUCGUCGUCGUCCGCCGCCCCUUCAUCGACCGGAAGGGGAAGGACAUCCACCUCGUCGUCGGGAGCGCAGCAAACCGGCUCGACCUCGCAGUCGGGCUCGUCGUCUUCUCCGUCGUCCGGUAGCAGCAGCGGUGCUUUGAGUCUGAUCUCGCCCACUUCGGCCGUCUCGGCAGUGCUUGCUUCGUCCGCAGCUCUCCUUGCCCUCGUGCUCUAG